ACAAUUAGGGUACUUUCAUCUAAUUAUUAUUGAACAACAUGUUAUUCAAUGUAAUUUCUUAUUAUGAUUUAAUUUCUAUCUGUUUCAACAGAAAUGACAAAUGCUACUAAAUGCAUCAGGGAUUUGGACAUUUAUUCCGAGAAGAUUUUAACUGAAUGUUCUCAGGGAGGAACCAGAAGAUGGCAGCCAGUUUCAUCAAUUACAGAGAUAAAGCAAGAGUACAACCUACAGCAUUCUUUAAAGAACCUAAAUGGACCCAAAAGGUUGAGAUGAUUCCUCAUCUGCAGCAGCUCCUACGUGAGAACCAAUCUACUUCUGGUGCUUCUCAAAUCUAUAAUGACAAAUCACACUGGUACUCAAUUACAGGCAUCAACAGUGUGAAUCAACAAACACCCAUCAGUGCCUUCACUGGUAUUCCCAGUGGCAAAAUGUACAGUAUUCAUGGUGGAGUUGGAAAACUAGUUGCGCAGCAGCUGCAAAAGCCAAAUAAAAUCUGGGUUGGCAUAAACGGUCAUCGAUUAACAGAAUCCAUUCUCGUGGAAAGUGGAAAAGAGAGAUGUAUUGACAGCAGAAAGCAUUCCAUAAAGUAUGAAUUUAUGCAAGAGAAAUUAACUGAAAAUAUGAGCGUGGAAUCAUCACUUAUACCUCUCAGCAUUGAGGAUCAAAUGACCAGAUCUAAUGUAAAGAUCAUCAACUUUUCUCCACAAGAAGAGAUUCCACCUCAGGUUGAAAGUGGAUCAUGUCCUUUUGAUCCUCAUUCUUGGAAUCAAGAUGUGCAAUCAACCAAGGAGUUAGGAGUGAUUCAUUCAUUUAGUUCUGUAAAUUCACAAUCUACCAUAAAAUCACAUGGCACGUCCGGAGGCAUUGACACGAUCCUGGAAGAUCCUGUAAAAGUAGUGAGAAAAGCCACAAAAUCACAGAAUAAGCAAAUAUAUCUAUUGUCAGAUGAUGGAACAACCAAACGUUUGGAGAUGAGAGAGAACGUAAAAAGGCAACCAGCAAAGAGUGUAAUUAUGCAGAUUUGUGAAAUGGAUGUCAGCAACCUACAAAAUAAUGUUACAUCUGCAGGAUCUUUGUCAAGGGUAGAUAAGUUUAUCAAAAAUGUUUUCAACAUUACACCAGGCAUGAUAUGCCCAAGAAGCCCACUAGCACCUAUCGGCGCAUUUUUACCCCUGAACAGAAAUAUGAAAGAAUCCUUAAACUGCAAAGACCUGGCAGGAGGACAAAAACCAAAACACAAAGAUAUUGGUGUCACCACUCCCACCAAGAUUACAAUCAGUAAUAAGACUUUGUUCCAUUUCACUGCCAAGGCAUUGCAGUGUUCAGAGGAAGAAAAGACAAAUGAGAAAGGGCCUGCAUGUGGAUUGAAUCAUGGGUCUGCCGUUCCUGCUCCAGAAGCAGAUUAUCCUUGUCUUCCACUAAGAGGCUCAGUACAGACUCCAUUGCCCACACAGACCACGAAUCCAAACCAAAAUGUAAACCUUGAUCACCCAUAGAUUCAUAGGAAAGGCCAAAUGCCAAUGUACCAAAAUCUAUAACCAUAGACCCAGGUGCUCAAACAACAUCUACAUUAGCACAAUCAACACCACCUGAAGUGGCUACACCUACAACAAGACAUGAAAACUCUCCAGCCUCUUCACAGUUAAAAACACUUGCAGCUUCACUCAACAUCAAAAAGGUGGGAGAAAAAUGAGAGAUAAAGGAAGCAGGCGAGCUCCAACCUUCAAUCACAUCGAAUAGUAUCACCCAGUCUCCUGUUAACAAUAUACCUCCAACACAGGGUGCUAACGCGAGCCUUUCCAGAGAAAGUUAGGUCACACGGCGCAAGAGUCUCCCUCGAAAACAUUUAAGCAGUCCAACUACAAUGUCGAGGCGAACUGGGGCUCCGAUGUUUAGCCCCCGGCGGGCGAUGAUAAAGAAGCCACCGACUCAAUACCCUGAUUGCUAUUUCUUCUCAUUAGAAAAUAAUCUGGUUGGCAUACUCUCCAAAUAGCCCACUUCCCACUGGCAGUAUGCUUGCAGUGCUUCACUUUUAUCUGGCAAUAAAAUCUUUGCAACUCAGAUUUCUAGAUAUUAGUA